AGUAUAAAAACCUCAAUAAUUUGGACACUAAUUACAUCUUAUUCCAAAAGCUUUCUAAAUUACAAUAAUUCUGAUUUUUCAAAAAUCACGGAUACAUUGUUUCUUCGCCAUACAUAGCAAACAAUACAUAAAUUGUGUAUCAUAUAUAUAAUUUAUGCAUCAGAUACAUAACUAUAAACUAAAUUCAUACUGAGUUAGAUUUGAAAUAAUUGAAAUUAUGUAUCAAUAAUAACUUUUGUAACAAAUAUAUUGUAUAAAAAAAAAAUUGUAAAAAUAUAUAUAUUUAAUAGAGGUGAAGUGAUGUAACAGAGUAUUAAGAGAGAGAAGAAAAAAUGAAGUAUUUGUACUUAUUUCAAAUGAUAGAAGUUUCUAAGAAUUAUGUUAUCUUUAAUUGUAUAAUUACGUGAUUUUUCCACACGACACUAUUAUACACAUACAUCCAUAUAUUCAUCGACCAGCCACCAUUAUACCACUUCAACACCCUAAUCAAAAUAAUAAUAUCUAAAUUGUUAUUAUAUCAAAAUUGUUUAAUAAUCACCUUAAUGCACAUGUGAAGAAAAAAAAAAUCCUAGGCGUAUAUUUUAUUUUAUUUUUAUUUUCUUAUUAGAGAUUCUUGUUUUCCAAUUAGUACCCAAAAUUAUAGGAAAUAUUCCCCCAAUAACUCUUUUUAUUUCCUAUUUAGGAAAAACAAUUCCUUAUUAUUACUAAUAUAAUAAUAGUUCCCAAAUUCGUAACCCAAUUUUUUCCUAAAACGACAAUUUAAAACGAGUAAAUAAAAUAUUCUCCGAUUUUUUGUCAAAAUAAAAUCUUCGAUUUACACGUUAUUACUAUUAUUUUUUACCUGUUAUAUACUCUCUAUAAAUUAUAAAUUUUACCAAGCCAUAAUAAUUAACCUUUUCCUCCCACCAUGAAUAUUAAUAACAAUACCAACGCCGCCGCCAACUCCGCCGCCGUCGCCGUCAAGAAAACUCAAGGGCGGAGGAAAAUAGCAAUUAAACCAAUAGCAAAUCAAAACAGUAGGCACGUUACCUUUAGCAAACGCCGUUUAGGUCUCUUCAAAAAAGCUAGCGAACUUUGCAUUUUAACCGGCGCUGAAAUCGCUAUUAUGGUUCAGUCGCUAAAACGACAGCGUUUGUUCACUUUUGGUCAUCCGAGCGCCGACGCCGUCAUUAACCGGUACCUUACCGGAAAAUCAGAGGAACAAAAACCGGCGGUCGAUGAUCAGUUGAACUAUGUGCAACAGAGCAAUGAAUAUUAUUCUCAGAUCUGUAGAGAAUUGGAGUUGGAGAAGAAGGUAAAGGAGGAGAUUGUUAUUGAUGAAUCGAAGAUGGUGAAUGGUGGUAGUAGUAGUAAUAAUGGAGGAGGAGGAUUUUGGUGGAAUGAAUCGAUUGAUGAAAUGGGAAUUGAAGAACUUGAGAAAUUUAUGUUUGCAUUGGAAGAAUUGAAGAAGAAAGUAAAUAUGAGAUGUGAUGAAUUGAGUAUGAUAAAUGGUUCUUCUUCAAUGGCGGCGGCGGCGACGGCGUCUACUUCAAGUAUGAAUCAAGCUAUUGAUUAUUGUGCUUCCAUUGUUCCUUUUGAUUUCAAUUACCCAGGAAAUGCCCAAUUUUGAAGCAUUUAAUCAACUGCUUAGAUUUAAAUCACUGAUUAGUUAUUAAUUAAUCAAACAAUUAACAUGUCCUCUUCUAUCUUUAUUAUUGCUAAUUAUAAUAAAACUAAGAAGUACUGAUUCUUGCAUUAA